GGCAAGGUCAAUCAGUGAGUGGCCAGCCUUUUAAAUUCUCGGCAGGAGCAGGAGGGGAAAAGUCCUGUUAUCCUGUUACCGGCAGAACGUGUUCCUGGCGCUCCCACCAGUCUUCGGUACACCACCGGGUUGGUCGCUGGCGGUUCCUCUGCUCCGGCGUCAACGAGCUUUCGUCUUCUCAGGUGUGCCUAAUAAUCUGGAUAGAUCUGGAAACAUUCAUCUUGAAAUGAUCCAAUCAUCAGGUAACUAGCAAUAUUCGGAUAUAUCAGCAACAGAAGAUAUGGCGAACGUUCUUUGUGGUUAUCUGAUAGCGGUGCUGGCCGCGGUUUCAGCCCAUCGAGAACAUAAGGUGCACAAUAUAGUUCUAUACCCAGAGAAACAUUCAUGGUGCAAAACAACACCGAUAAAGCAGGUUGUCGGACAUCCAGGUUGCGCUCAGACAGAAGUGGAUAACAAUGUAUGUGUGGGGGCAUGCUUCUCUUACUCGAUACCUAGAACUGAACCAACAGCUCCAGGAGAAGUUCUGCCUUACUGUGACUCUUGUCAGCCCAGGUCGGUUUCAUGGAAACAUGUCAAGCUUACCUGUGAGAAUGAGGUAGAACUGACGAAAAAAGUAGAAGUGAUUGAGGAUUGCUCUUGCCUAUCAUGUCCAGCGCCUCCAGAGAAGGUUGGUGAGGAAGGGGCUGCCGUAUCCCCUGCUGAUGUACCUCAGCUUUUGGGGCUUCUGUCUUUGCAUAGAUCUAACACAACUACCCAUGGCAAACUCAAACAUUCUGAGAGGUUAAGCCUUCUCUUGAAGAUGCUGAGUGAAGAAGGAGAAGGUGUUGGAGAAGUUCAAGACCUUAUAUCUCAGAUAUCAGGAGAUGAUGAGGUUCUCAGCAGUAAUCAGCAAGGUGAUGGCGAUGAUGAACAAGUCAAGGUAGAUUUGGGAAAACUUAGGGCGUUCCUGUCAAGAAUGGAUACUGGUCAUCAUCAUCACAGGCAUCAUCAAUUGCAUCACAGUGAGAAAGAAGAAGAGGAGACACCGACAACCCUUGAUGUACCUUCGCACCAACUAAGGCCAGCCCUAGAAGGAGAAGAAAUAACCUACAUUGCGGAUCAUAAAACAGAAUCUGAUACUAACACUCAAAUCCCUGAGCAAGCAUAAGAAAGGUUUAGGAAGUGUUAAUUAAAAAAAAAAAAAAAAUGAAGUGAUCUAAAACAACCAAAUCAGUACAAAAUAAGAAUUAUUUUUUCUAAACAAAUUUAAUUUAACUGUAAAUAUAUUUUUCAAUAUACAUUUUCCAAUGAGUUUCAAAUAAAUAAAUAAAGUAACUAUUUCAGAGUCUGAAAAACGUUAAACCACUAUUUUGAAAAACUAUAGCAUAAUAAAUAUGAAAGCUAAAUUCAUCAUUACAUGCAAGCAGUAACACAAAAAUUUUGGAGUGAACCAAUAAUAUAAUUUCCUUACAAAAGAAGACAAAAGAUUUUUGAAUAACCGAUCCUAAUUUAUAAAACGAAUGUUUUUUUUUCUUUAAUAUCCCAAGCAUUAAUAGUUUAAGAAACAUAAGGGAGCCACAACAUUCAUUUUUUAUAAACCAUUGUUAUCACAUAAAGGUAAAUAUGAAUCUGUAGAUUUAAACUGAUUUUAAAACACAAUUAUUUCCAUUACACAAAUCUUUAUUUUUCACUGAAUUUUAGGAUAAUCUCCAACAGUG